GUGUCUGUGUGUAGAUGUACUCCAUCCGCAGCCUGCCCAGCAUGGUGUACCGGGAGCAGCCAGAGGAAGACGGAGUCGAGGACAUGACGCAGCUGGAGGAGCUGUCUGAGGGAUCUGUGCUGCUCAACCUGAACAAGAGGUUUGAGAGAGAGAUCAUCUAUACAUAUAUAGGUAGUAUCCUGGUCUCGGUGAACCCCUAUAGGAUGUUCAACAUGUACGGAACUGACAUGGUGCUGAAGCACAAGGGAACCGCUCUGGGAGAGAACCCUCCACACCUGUUUGCCAUAGCAAACGUCUCCUACACCAACAUGAUGGAUGCCAAACAGAACCAGGUUAUUAUAAUCAGUGGGGAGAGUGGAUCAGGGAAGACUGAGGCCACUAAACUGCUGCUGCGUUACCUAGCAGCAAUACACCACAAACACAACAUUACACAACAGAUUAAGAUUCUUGAGGCAGCCCCUCUUCUAGAAUCCUUUGGAAAUGCUAAAACAGUUCGCAACGACAACUCCAGUCCUCGGGUCUAUCUGGAGGAGUCUAUCCUCGAAAUAUGUGGAGCUAUAACCUCUCAGUAUCUGAUGGAAAAGUCCUCGUAUAGUCUAUCCCAGAUGUUUCUACAGGCCAGAGAUGAGAGGAACUAUCAUAUCUUCUAUGAGAUGCUGUCAGGUCUUCCCCCCCAGCAGAGACAGGCCUUCUACCUGCAGGAGGCUGAGACGUACUAUUACCUGAACCAGGGAGGGGAUUGUGGGAUAGCAGGAAAGAGUGACAGGGAGGACUUCCUCCGUCUGCUGGCUGCUAUGGAGAUCCUUCACUUCACCCCUGACGACCAGGCGUCCAUCUUUAGAGUCCUGUCUUCUAUUCUACACCUGGGGAACGUCUACUUCCAAAGAUAUGAGGCGGAUGGCCAGGAGGUGGCGUCUGUGGUCAGUGCUCAGGAGAUCAGAGUCGUAGCUGAGCUGCUCCAGAUCUCCCCUGAGGGACUCCAGAAGGCCAUCACACACAAAGUCACGGAGACCAUGAGGGAGAAGAUCUACACCCCUCUGACGGUAGAGAGUGCUGUAGACGCCAGAGAUGCUGUUGCCAAGAUCCUGUACUCUCUGUUGUUCCACUGGCUGACUGAGAGGAUUAAUGGACAGGUGUAUCCUCGACAUCACGCACUGUCAAUAUCUGUGCUGGAUAUAUAUGGCUUUGAGGACCUGUCCUUCAACAGCUUUGAGCAGCUGUGUAUUAACUAUGCUAAUGAGUACCUGCAGUUCUUCUUCAAUAGGAUCGUCUUCAGACAGGAGCAGGAGGAGUACAACAGGGAGCAGAUCCCGUGGCAGGACAUCCCAUUCAGCGACAACCAGUCCUGCAUCGACCUCAUCUCCUCUAAGCCCCAUGGGAUACUGAAGAUCCUGGAUGACCAGAGCUGCUUUCCCCAGGCGACAGACCACACCUUCCUCCAGAAGUGUCAUUAUCACCAUGGUAACAACAAGAUCUACCUGAAGCCAAAGAUGCCCCUCCCAGAAUUCACCAUCAAACACUUCGCUGGCCCAGUCACCUACCAGGUUCACAAGUUUCUGGAUAAGAACUACGACCAGGUUGGACAGCAGGUUCUCGAUCUGUUCAGCCACAGCAAGAACAAGGAGCCAGGUGUGUUUGAGACGGAGCUGGUCGGCAGUCAGCUGAGGUAUUCUGGUAUCUUGGAGACCAUCAGGAUCCGGAGAGAGGGUUACCCUGUAAAACACCCUGUUAGACUGGCCUUCAACAUCUUCCUGUUCAGGUACAAGUCUCUGGUGGGUGUGAAGCAGCCUCCAGCUCCUGAUGGGGAGAACUGUGUCAUCAUGCUCAGCAAACUGGUUCCCCUCCGACCCGGGGCCUACCAAGUAGGAGUGACUAAGCUGUUUCUGAAGGAGGACGUGUACCAGUUGUUGGAGUCUAAGAGAGAGCGCGUUCGUCAGGUGGCGGCCCUCACCCUGCAGAGAUACACACGCAUGUUCUUUGUCAGGAAACGAAACCAAGAUCAUCCAGACUACAAGGAGUUCAGAACCAAGACAGGACUUUUUAGAACCUACAAUCAGGCCUCACUACAGUUACCAGACAGGGUGGCAGAGGGUGGCAGAGAGCUCCAUUCUGAGUGUCUAGCUCUGGUCCAGGCACCACACAUCCAGGAGCAGAACCAGCUGACCCUUCAGGACAUCAACACGACUUCCCUUCAGCCGCUCUACUUCAGCACAACUCUACUUCAGG